AACUCGAUUCGGAUUAUGACUCCCGCCGUGUUUGAAUGGCGACCUCUCGAAUCAUCUAUUGUGGAGGACUUCUUCCACGUGGACGGGAAUAGCUGGUCUUACAAAUUUGCGUCGAAUGAGGAGGAGUUGCCUCAUCGUCUCUUCUUUCCUCUGUGCUCAUCCCCCGCUUUGUCUGUCUCCCCAUUGCAAAAGAUAACGAAAAUGACUAGCUCCGGCAGCGCCACCGGGCCCCACGCCCUCUUCGUGACCGCUCCCUACCAAGGUCACUUCGCCCCGGCCGUCGACCUCGCCAUCAAGCUGGCCGCCAGGGGCUUCGUCGUCACGUUCGCCUGCACAGAGGCCUUCCAACACCAGCGCACCGCCUCCGGUGCCUCCUCCGCGGACCACCGCGACGUCUUCGCCGGCGCACGCUCCAGGGGCCUCGACAUCCGCUACGAGCUCGUCAGCGACGGCCUGCCGGUGUCCUUCGACCGCCAUUCGCACCCCGAGCAGUUCUACUCCGCCCUCCUCCACCUCCUCCCCUCCCACGUCGACGAGCUGAUCCGGAAGCUCCUCCUCUCUGAGGCCCCCGUCGACUUCAUCCUCACCGACACCUUCUUCUCGUGGGCGUCCACCCUGGCCAAGAACCAUGGCCUGCCGUGCGUCUCCUUCUGGACCAAGCCGGCGCUCGUCUUCACCCUCUACUACCACAUGGACCUCCUCAUCGCCAACGGCCACUUCGCUUCUCCCGAGAAUCGCAAGGACACCAUCACCUACAUACCGGGCAUUCCGGCGAUCGAGACGACCGACCUCGCGUCGUACCUUCGGGAGACGGACACCACCACGCCCUUACAGCAGAUGAUCGCCAGGUCAUUCGAGGAGGUCAAGAGGUGCGACAUCGUGCUGGCCAACACCGUGCAGGAGCUCGAAGAGGAGACCAUCGCCGUGCUGCAGCAGGAGCAGCCGUUCUACGCCGUCGGGCCGGUCUUUCCCGACGGCUUCACCGGGGGCACCGUCAUGACCUCCCUCUGGCCCGAGUCGGAUUGUUCGUCGUGGCUCGACUCCAUGCCGCCGAGCUCCGUGCUCUACGUCUCGUUCGGAAGCAUCGCCUCUGUCAGCAAGAAAGAUUUUGAGGAGAUCGCCUACGGGGUCUUGAACAGUAAGGCCAACUUCGUAUGGGUGCUUCGACCGGGGAGCUCGAGCUCCGGCGCCGCCAACCCACUUCCUCAAGGGUUCUUGGAGGCGAGCCGCGAGCGGGGGAUGGUGGUGCCGUGGUGCCGCCAGCGAGAGGUUCUGCAGCACCCUGCGGUCGGCGCCUUCUUGACGCACUGCGGGUGGAACUCGGUGGCGGAGAGCAUGUGGUGCGGCGUGCCGAUGCUGUGCUUCCCGCUGUUCUCGGACCAGCCGCCCAACCGGAAGCUGGUGGUUGAGAAUCUGGGAAUAGGGAUGGAUCUCGGGGAAAUCGGUGAGGUUAGCAGAGGCAAAGUGUCGAGCAGAAUCGACGACCUGAUGGGAGGGGAAGGCGGUGCAGAACUGAGGAGGAAGAUGAAAGAGGUGAAGAAGGCCGUGCAGGGUGCGGUGGCUCCGCAUGGUUCGUCGCAAAAGAACUUGGAUCAAUUCACCGCCGAUCUACUCGGACUUCUCUCACAAAAGAAGGCAUCAGCUGUCACAGAGACGAAGAGGAGUUAGGCAUACAUAGCCAAGUUUUUAGAGCGUAAUUUAGAAUAACAUGUACCCCUUACAGGUACUUUAAAUUACAGCUAUUUUCUCCAGUAAAUGUGAUGUAUUAUUAUUCAGCUCACAAAAAAUUGCAACUCAAUGUAACUUUAUGGUCAUAAUUUUAAGAUUAUGAUAAAUAAGUGGCA